CAUCGAUACGAGCCACUGUUCAGUCUCAACCAUCUCAGGCAUCGUCGCGACUCCGCGAGGUGCCAAAGAUGUCAUACAGCAGGCCACGCUUCGUGCCGCGUACCUAUCAUCGCAAUUAUUUAAUAGGCAGUUCCCUGUAUACAGACGCCAUCAUUGAUCUGAACGUGCGCCGCGGAAGACCAAUGUAUUACUCAUCGUCGACGUUACCUACCUCACCCUAUACAUACUCAGAUAGAUUCAACGCGUCACGACGCGGCAUUAGGUUGCACGACGACGACGUCUAUCAAAAGACCACAUCUCGACUAGCAACUCGAGAUAAGCUGAGGCAUCAUGAAGAUAUGCAUAAGGCCUUUACCGGAUGGCACUCACCGAGCUAUAUGCCCCUCUACUCGAUUCAAGGUUAUGACCCAGCGAGGGUUCCAUUCCAACGACGGAUGUACCUUAUUGAGCCAAUUCAACUCCACUCCCAGCAUGCCGCGCACGGGCGCUUCAUGGAAAACCGACGGCUCCGUUUUAUGCACGAGCUCUGGGAGCAGGAGCGUGACGAGGAGAGGCGAUCGCGAAUUCGUUCGUUCUACAACAAGAGCGGAGCGCCUCCUCAAAUCCCGCACCAUCGACUUUUCUCUCGACCUCCUGCGGUCUACCAGUUAUUCUAUUAGGUAGACGGGAUUCAGGCGCAGUUUGAACAGUGGCAUCUACAGUACCAUGUCCAGUACCUACCAUAGCAUAGAUAGGAAAUCCGCACGAGGACGAAAUUUGACGAUGUAGCUCUACGAUGAAUAAACAGCCUACCAAGCACUUUCUUAUAUUUGGCCUAUCUCAUAUUUUACCAUGCGAGUGUUUAAUCGGCUUAUUAAAAAACAGUUCAAUAACGUUAUGAUUCAGCAGGAAGCAUUUAGGCUCAAUAAAGUGUUGAACAUGUCUUAUGCUUUAAACUUUACAGCGGUGCUAGCAGUCGCCAUUCUCUUUUCAAUGUCAUUUACGUUCACACGGUACACCAGAAGGUGUCGAGAAAGGUAAGGACUGCACAAGUGACGCCCCUUGAUACUAUCAGACAUAUUAAUGAAUAGACCAAUGAGAAGUAUAUAGAUAACUUACCUAUUCUAAGCAGAUUAUUACUGUUACGGCAUGGGAACUGCCCCGUUUUUCCGAAACAUCAAUCUGUUCAAUAGGGAUAUAUCCUGCACCGUAAAGCGCGGGCACUGCAUAUUCCUAUUUCUUACCUGGGCUUCAUAUUUUAUUUUCAAAGUGCCCUUCAAAGGUUUGGCGUACUAUAAAAAUUAGUACGCAGAAAAGAAAGCUGAUUUAUGCUUUCUCCCUAUGUGACGCAUUGAAAAAGAGGAAAACGUUAUCUUUGAAAUGUAAUAAGUGAAACCAUCAAUUAUAUGCGGUUCCUAUCCAUUUAUUUAUUCCACUAGUUCUUAAUAGAUAGAAAAAAUCCCAACUAUUUAACAUGAUAAAUAUCUUAGAUUCUUGUGUACAUGAUAACUGAACACGAACGGGGAAACUCGUGAGAGCUUUUCGCGUGACAGUCGAUAUCUCCGCGAUGACACGUCUAUACACAUCUAUUCGAUAUCUAGAAAAAUCUUUUGACUACUUUAUAAGAUGACAAUUUAGUCGCUCACAUUGUCCAGAAUCAUACCGGGAAUGGGUUCGUCUCUCUUGUCUAGCAGAGAUGUCAAUAUUUAACGCCAAAGUGGAAUUAUUCAAUGAAUAAUAUGCCUGUUAGGGUGCGGCUAAGAGUCCCUAACUUGAUAUGCUCUGCAAUGUACGAUAGCAGGACUAGCGGAAGUGGGUCACAAGAAGACGAGAACGCCCAAAAUAGGCAAACAUUCUUCUUUCUUAUAGGGGCUGCGAUGUCUACGUACGUUCUCGAUAACAUCAUGGCCGAACUUCUGACCGCAGUGGCAGAAAUGUCCUGUACCAAAAAAAAACAGCCACCGAAGUCAUUGUAACUUAGAAGUUGCAGAUGUAAUUAUUUGUUAGCGGGCGCAUGAUAUUCAAAUGAAUCCAAU